GAACUGGCCUAUUUAAGAAGAAGACAAAGGCGGCACGCAGCUUGUGCCGUCCGCCAUUUUGUGCGAAGCAAAGUGGCAUCCACGUUCCCCGAGCGUCUUCUUCGCUUCUGCCUCGACCGCCCCUUGACCAUAGACAUGUCUCGGGAUCGGUUCCGGAGUCGCGGCGGUGGCGGUGGCGGCUUCCACCGGCGUGGAGGAGGCGGUGGCCGAGGCGGCCUCCAUGACUUCCGCUCUCCGCCGCCUGGCAUGGGCCUCAACCAGAAUCGCGGGCCCAUGGGCCCGGGCCCUGGCGGCCCGAAGCCACCGCUCCCGCCUCCUCCGCCGCACCAGCAGCAGCAGCAGCCUCCGCCGCCGCAGCAGCAGCCCCCGCCGCAGCAGCAGCCUCCGCCGCACCAGCAGCCGCCGCCGCACCAGCCGUCCCAUCAGCAACCCCCGCCUCCGCCGCAGGACUCGCCCAAGCCCGUCGUCCCUCAAGGCCCCGGCUCCACGCCGGGAGUGAGCAGCGCGCCGCCUCCGGCCACUUCGGCCCCGCCUGCCAAUCCCCCGAGCACUGGCGCCCCGCCCGGCCCGGGUCCUACCCCGACCCCGCCGCCCGCAGUCCCCUCCACCGCCCCCGGACCGCCUCCGCCCUCGACGCCGAGCAGCGGGGUCUCGACAACCCCGCCACAGACCGCUGGCCCUCCGCCUCCUCCCGCCGGCGGCGCCGGUCCCGGUCCUAAACAAGGCCCGGGCCCUGGCGGUCCGAAAGGAGGCAAGAUGCCUGGUGGGCCUAAGCCCGGUGGUGGCCCGGGCAUGGGCGCUCCCGGUGGCCACCCGAAGCCACCGCACCGAGGUGGCGGGGAGCCCCGCGGGGGCCGCCAGCACCACCCGCCCUACCACCAGCAGCAUCACCAGGGGCCCCCUCCCGGCGGGCCGGGAGCCCGCACGGAAGAAAAGAUAUCCGACUCGGAGGGGUUUAAGGCCAAUUUGUCUCUCUUGCGGAGGCCUGGAGAAAAAACUUAUACACAGCGCUGUCGACUGUUUGUGGGGAAUCUACCUGCUGAUAUCACAGAGGAUGAAUUCAAAAGACUGUUUGCUAAAUACGGAGAACCUGGUGAAGUUUUUAUCAACAAAGGCAAAGGAUUCGGUUUUAUUAAACUUGAAUCUCGAGCAUUGGCUGAAAUCGCCAAAGCUGAACUUGAUGAUACCCCCAUGAGAGGUAGACAGCUUCGGGUUCGCUUUGCCACACAUGCUGCAGCCCUUUCUGUCCGGAAUCUUUCACCCUAUGUUUCCAAUGAACUGCUGGAAGAGGCCUUUAGCCAGUUUGGUCCUAUUGAAAGGGCUGUUGUAAUUGUCGAUGAUCGCGGAAGAUCUACUGGGAAAGGGAUUGUUGAAUUUGCUUCUAAGCCAGCAGCAAGAAAAGCAUUUGAAAGAUGCAGUGAAGGUGUUUUUCUCCUGACAACGACACCUCGUCCAGUCAUUGUGGAACCACUUGAACAGUUAGAUGAUGAAGACGGUCUUCCUGAAAAACUGGCCCAGAAGAAUCCAAUGUAUCAAAAGGAGAGAGAAACACCACCUCGCUUUGCCCAGCAUGGCACAUUUGAAUAUGAAUAUUCUCAACGAUGGAAGUCCUUGGAUGAAAUGGAAAAACAGCAAAGGGAACAAGUUGAAAAAAACAUGAAGGAUGCAAAAGACAAAUUGGAAAGUGAAAUGGAAGAUGCCUAUCAUGAGCAUCAAGCAAAUCUUUUGCGUCAAGAUCUGAUGAGGCGCCAGGAAGAAUUAAGGCGCAUGGAGGAACUUCACAGUCAAGAAAUGCAAAAACGUAAAGAAAUGCAAUUGAGGCAAGAGGAGGAACGACGUAGAAGAGAGGAAGAGAUGAUGCUUCGCCAGCGUGAGAUGGAAGAACAAAUGAGACGCCAACGAGAAGAAAGUUACAGCAGGAUGGGCUACAUGGACCCAAGAGAGAGAGACAUGAGAAUGGGUGGUGGCGGAACGAUGAACAUGGGAGAUCCCUAUGGGUCAGGAGGCCAGAAAUUUCCACCUCUAGGUGGUGGUGGUGGCAUAGGUUAUGAAGCUAACCCUGGAGUUCCACCAGCAACCAUGAGUGGUUCCAUGAUGGGAAGCGACAUGCGUACUGAGCGCUUUGGGCAGGGAGGUGCGGGGCCUGUGGGUGGACAGGGUCCUAGAGGAAUGGGGCCUGGAACUCCAGCAGGAUAUGGUAGAGGGAGAGAAGAGUAUGAAGGGCCAAAUAAAAAACCCCGAUUUUAGAUAUUUAGGCUUUCAUUCCAGUUUGGUUUUGUCUUUUCUUGUUUAGAUACCACUUUUAAAUUCUUGCAUUUUAGUAAGAAAGCUACCUUUUUAUGGAUGUUAGCAGUUUAUUGACCUGAUAUUUGUAAAUGGUCUGUUUGGGCAGGUAAAAUUAUGUAACGCAGUGUUUGAAACAGGAGAAAAUUUCUUUUUAUUUACUUUUUUUUUUUAACUGUAUAAUGUUUCUCAAGUUAAUGGCAGUGUACCUUGUGCCACUGAAUUUCCAAAGUGUACCAUUUUUUUUACUGUGCUUCAAAUAAAUAGAAAAAUAGUUAUUCUGAUCUUGAACUUUGCCAUUCAUGCUUCUAUGCACAUUAGGCUAGGCAUUUUCCUUGGGAAGCAUGAACUUGUGCAGGCCUUUGAGUGGCAUAUGCCACAUCUGGGAAAUGUAUCUGGAGGCUGAGUAUUGCAUUCUGCAAAUGGUGCCCCCCCCACCCUGUGUUUUAAAAAGAAAUGCAUAUUGAAGUAGUUAGGAUUUGUUUGGCAUUAUAGGGAACAGGCUGGUGCUAAGCAUUUUUAAAUGGUUAUGCUAGAAAAGUUGAACUGUAAGUCUUAAUUCAGGAACAUGUAUUAAGAUAAUGGAAUGGGCGUAAACUACUGUUAGUGCAAGAACAGGGGGUUUGGUUAAACAGAUCCCUUAUGGCCCUGUCUAACUAUGAUCCUUUCCUCAAGCUUUUAAACAUGGAAAGAUCAUCUUGUUGCAUUUCUCCUAUUGUUUUGUUUUAAACAAAUCCCAAGCCCUAUAAAUGGCUUGUACUGAACUUUUGCAUUUGAAUUAAAGAUUGUUAAACAUGAAGCCUUUUCAUGUAUUACUUCAAGUGAUUUAAAAGAUGGGAUUUAGUCUGAAGUUUUAAGCUGCAGAGUUAAGGGUUAGCUAACUAUAAGGUAGGUUUAGCCUUAUGUACUCUAACAUACACCUCCUUCUGCUGCUUCUAUUGAGCAAAUCUGUAGUCCGAAAAAAUCUAUUGGUUCUCUUCAAGAGCUCGUGGUGACUGUUCCCAUGUAGGACUGCCAUAUAGCCAUUCUCACUAUGGAGUUGACCUGUUUUAUAUCAUUCUCUUUAACAUAGUACUAAGCCUGGAGAGAGAGUGGCUUCAGUUACAGAAGUACAAAUACGCUUUCCUCCCACUGUAAGCUUGGGGGUGUUCUGAUGAUGUCAGUUGAUUGUCAACUUCAUUGAAUUUCCUUUCAUUAGAACAAGAGACUUUCUGACUUGAUAAUAAAGUAGACUGUUUACUGUUGUCUGUGAGUAUAAUGGGAGCUUGAUUUUUCUUCCCAGUGUAAAUAUGUUAGAGGAAAAACUUCUAACAGUACGUAAUUAAAUAGCUUGGCGCUGUUCUUAGUUACAUUUCCAUUCCAGUCUACAUUUUAGAACUUUUCACUAUGGAAUGUCUUCAUCCUUUUCACCUCUAUCCUUGGUGCUGAUUGGCAAAAGAAAUUCUAAAUCACUUGCUGAGGUUGAGUAUUGUGCUUGAGUACAAAAGGAGACCUAUUGUGGAAACAAUUGAGUACUUCAUGCAUAGGAGAGGUGUAAUUUAAAAAGUAAAACACUAGUGGAUUAUAAAAAGCAUGUCAUUAAAUGGCUGUUUGACUGACAGGUAUAUGGUGUAUUAAGGGGAAAGUCUCCUUAGACAAUACAUUCAUUUUUAUUCACCAGCACACUUGGAAAUAGGUAGUUCUGUCAUAAUUAUGGUGAUCAGAAAGUUUUUGGCCCAAGUGAAGUUAAUAAUUGGUGAUACAUAAAAGUUUCUGUAUGGAAACAAAGGCCUGGAUUUGAAAGGAGCUUAUUUGGUUGAAUUGUAUAGUAGGGACCAUAAUAAUGAGAAGAUUGAGGGGUGUUCAUGGGACACCCAUGGAGGGUGAAUUUGAAUGUGUAUAUGGGUGGGGGUUGGAAGGGAAGUGGGAAAAUCUGCCUAUAAAAUUAAUGUUUGAGUUUAUUUUUCAGAUUACAUGCCUUUCUUUAUAAGGGAUGCUGGCACAGACCCCUAAAUUAAGCAUUUGGUAGUAGUAUGCCUUUGAAGAAUGGUGAGGGUACUUAGAGGCUCAUUUCCUCAGACUGUGGCUUUUGAUAGCCUUAGUGUGGGCUGUAGAGCUGCUGAACAGUGUUUAGCAGAUACGGUUGCACAGUGUCAACCAACAUUGACUUUGUUCAUGAAACUGUACCAAAGGUUGUAAGCUACUGAGACUUUCAAUAAGUCUGUGAUGGUUUAGCCUAUUAGUGAAUUCAAAUCAUUUUGAGCAGUUGAACCAAUAGCUAAAAGGGAAACUUAGGGUGGGAAGGGAAGAUAAUGGGAUGUAUUUUAGACAUUUUCCUUUUGAAGGAAACCACUUGCCCCUAUUUAUUUCUUCCUUUACUUUCUCAAAAAUUUUGUUUGCAGAGGACACUUGAAAAUGUUCUCCUUUCAAAGUUCUCUAAAGACAAUAGUAUAUUUAGUAGGCAAGCUAUAAGCUGAACCCAUUGGCAUUCAUUAUGUGGUGAAACCAUAUUUUGUCCAUAAGACAUUAAAUUCUAAGUACUUUAAUACCCACCACUCUUUAGUGUUGCACCACUAAUAAGGAGAUGGUUUGGGAAAUUGUAAUGUUACACCUGUGCAAUCCUUACAAGUGGCAUAUCAUGGCAGAUACAAAUUUAGGUACUUGGCUUGGGCAAGCCACAGUUGUGGCGGAAUGUUCUGUGGUAUUCUUGGACUGGAAUUGUGCACUAUUAAAAGUAGUGGCCUGCUACAUAACUGCGUUUAGCCAGCAUUUCUGCAGUGCGUAACUGUGAGGAACGUAGUACCGCAAAUGGCAAUGGACAUUAGGACCCGGAUGUAGUAUUCCUGCUUGCUCCAAGAUUCUCAUUGCCGACUGCAUACAGGUAGGUAACAAGCAAUAUAAUCUAACUUGGUGACUUGCUAUGUGCUU